AUACUGUCAAUAGCGAGGGCAAUCAGGUUAUGACAGACAAGUAGUAAAGUAUGGAAAUAAAAUCGUUUGACUUCACUGUAAAAUUAUAACUACAGUUUCCACUGAUACUUAAAUUUCCAAAUCAACUUCUUCACUGUUUAUGUACUAUACUUGAACCGAUGUUUUUGAAGUGGAGAAAUCAAACAUAGUCUUUGCUCGUUGCCAGACAUGCGACUUGACGUGAGGCAGAGUAGUGAGCGUUGUUUAGUGAAUGAGUGAAUACUACAGUGAAGUAGUGAAAGUAAGUUCGAGGAUGAAUGACAGUCGUGUACAGAUAUUGAAGAUAUUUCCAGUAUUUACUGUCCUGUUUUCAUUAUGGGUUCUGUAUGUGACGCUUAGAGUUCUUGAUGAAACUGGACAAAGUAUUUUGGUUUUCGCAUUGUUGCUAUUGCAAGUCUAUUUAAACUGGUUGGCACUGCUACUUGGCAACCGCAACUGCACAGCUUCAAGAAGUCAAGAUAAAAGUUACUUCAGUUGGGAACUACUGAGUGCCGCUUCCGAUGAUUACGACUUCAGUAACUCAUCACCUCCAUGGAAUAGUAACAGCGAAAAGAAUGUUGAGGAAAACAAGUUUUAUGAUCACGAUUUUGUUUCGAACACAGACAUUACAAUGCAAAGAAUUUGGUAUUGCCCUCGCUGCUGUCAGAAUUCUUUCAUAAAAUGCUCCCAUUGCUCAGUGUGUAAGAAAUGCAUUAUUGAGCGGGAUCAUCAUUGUUUUUUCUUGGGAACGUGUAUUAGCAUGAAAAAUAUCACAUACUUCAUUAUUCUGUUAAUUUACACUGGUCUAACAUCAUCUUAUGUCACUCUGUUGUUGUGCAACAAAAUGAAUUUGCUUGACUCCUCUACUACAGUGUUAAUGGAGCACUUCUUUCCAGUAUCAUUUGCGAAAUGGUUAUCGGGCGAAGAAUAUACAUAUAACCUAAUAGAAAAAUUGCUGUUGAAUGUGUGCGUGUCGUUGGCUCUAUUUAGUUUGGCAUUUGCCGCCUACUAUUUGUGCAAAGCAGCAAGAAGUAAAACUUUACAAAAGUCACAUAAGCAACGGGAUAUUAUUUCCUUCCUGAAAUUUACAAGAAACAAUGCAUCGCAUUUUAGAAAGCAUAAUCUCGUUAAUUUAAUAUUCCCAAUGAUUCUAAUGAGGUAUUUGCCUUUCAACGUAGCGUCCAACACCCACAAAGAAAAUUAAGUUUCGGACCACGACUAAAGUGAUAAAACCAAGCACUUCUGCAAACAUUGCAUAAACUUCAAGCAAGAUUUAGGAUGUGAUCUUCAUAACUCGAUUUGAGUACAUCCAGUAAAAUAACACGCAAUUUAACUGUCAAAUUCAUAAACUUGAAAUUCAGACCUCUGUGCAAAUGUUUGCUAGAUUUAUACUUUCUGUGUGUAAUAUAUUCUGUGAUACUGUAAAUAUACUGUUGUGUGAAAAUCACUUAAGAUGUGUUGUAACAUAAAAUGUUACUAAUCUUCAGCAGUUUUAUUGUAGAUCCAAAAUGGUAAAUUGAUGUAUAGAAAUUUUCCAGGAAAAGCAAGCAGUUGAGUUUGAAAAUCAUGUUUCAAGGGGAAAUUAAUGAAUUUUGCUUCUAAGUGCACUUUUAAAUUGAUCAUAAAGAAAAAAAUAAACUAACACACCAGUCUAACAGAAUGUCAGUAUGAGGUCUUCUCUGAAAUAUUUAAAGCACAUAAUGUGAAAGAACCAAGGAGAUAGGUUUUACCGACUGUCAAACCUACAUGCAAAGUUAUAAAAUGCUGUCGUACAUGGCAAUUCCUGGAAAACCACCUCAUGCAGUCCACACCAGAGGGGCAACUUUCAUGUAUUAUUUUCUACAAAUGUCUUCAUUAUGGACAAUCUUCAAGAAUGUACAGCGAUUCAAGCAACCUGAGAAGGCAGGAGUCCUGGACCCCACAUAUUUGACAUCAAGACAGGAUUCAGCAGGUUACUUCUGCUGCAACAAAUGAGAAUGCAAAGAUUACUAAUCAGCUCACAAGUGGAUAACCCACCCACAGUUGUGUGCUGACAGCAAUUAUUGAAGAAUGCCUUAGUAGGUGUUUUGGGAGAUUCUGUAAAUUAGAGAAGCCAAAAACGAGGACUAACAUGUUACCAUCCAUAUGUUAUCCUUUUUUUAAAAUUGAAAUGGAUACCGAAGACUAACAGUGAAUACGUUAAAGAACUGUUUAUUCUAGAAAUUUGAAAUAUGAAACAAGAAGUAGUAGAUGAGAACUUGAAACAUUCUGAUGAAAAAGAAAAUCUUGAAUAUUAUUAGAUAUUUGUUGAGGAUUCUGAUUCCCACAUAGCGAGUGAGAGUGCAAACACUAUAACAGAUCUGAUUCUUUGAACAGUCAGGUAUCCCAACUGUAAAAAACUUUUUCUUAAGAAAAAUACUUGUUUACCAAUUUCUGCCCCUGAUGAACGACUAUUUUCCUUUGGUGAAAUUAGUGAAGCAAAUGGUGAAUAAAAUGUUCACUAACAAGAGAUGUUUUAUUUAAAUAAAUGUAUUUUGAAA